AUGGGUCCAAAAAGGAAUAAAGGCGAAAAAUUGAGUUUAAGCGAUUUUUUAAGCGGCUCAAAUUGGGCAGAUGAAAUGGAAGACAUGCCUAUUGCUCCUUUAUUUGAUAGGAAAGAGACAAAGACAAACUAUUAUGACCGUAAUUUUAGUGAUAAGAAUUAUGGAAAAGACCGUGAUCAAUUAUAUAAACUUGACCGUUCUGUAAGUCGAGAGCAGAUACCUCUUCCCAAAGAGCCUCCUUAUACUGCUCAUCUAGGAAAUCUUUCUUUUAAUAUCACAGAAUCCGAAAUUACAGAUUUUUUUGGUGAACCAUUUGUUACUAAUAUAAGACUUAUGCGUGAUCAAAUAGACGAUAGACCUAAAGGUUUUGGAUAUGUAGAAUUUACAGAUUUACAAGCACUUAUAAACGCCAUAUCUUUAAAUGGAAAAACUCUAAGUGGAAGAGCUAUAAAAAUAAGUGUUGCAGAACCUCCACGGAAAGGACAUGUGGACCGUGAUCCGGUUGAAGAUAGAACAGCUGGAGAAUGGAGACGUUCAUCUCCUCUUCCUCCUAUUGAGACUGUACACGAAAAGCGAUCUACAUAUGAACGAAGAAAUUGUUCUGGAAAUAACGAUAGAACAUAUUCUUCAAGUGAUAAUAACAGAGAUUUUUCGAAUUGGGAACGUAAGGGGCCAUUACAAGAUUUACCAGGAUCAGAUUUAUCUACAGAAAAACAUGAUUAUAGAAAUACUGAUUGGAGAAGCGGAGAAAGAUAUAGAAAUAGUGGAUUUGGUGACCGUAAUUAUGGAAAUAACAAUAAUUAUAAUACUUUAAGAACAUCUAGUAUUGGCGAACGCCCAAAAUUAGUUCUUAAGCCUAGAGGCGAAACCCCAGAAGAACCUUCUCAAAUUCCUAAAACAUCGACAAAGCCCAAUCCAUUUGGUGAUGCACGUCCUGUAGACUCUAAUGCUCGUAUACGAGAAAUUGAAGAAAAAGAGCAAAAGAAAAAAGAAAAAAAGCAAGCGGCUGAAAACCAAAAAGCUUUUGGACGAGAAAAAGCACAGAGGGAAAUGUACAGAUUUGAUAAAUUAAGCAGAAAAGAAAAAAACAGAAGAAAUGCAUCUUUAGAUCGUAAAAAUCAAAAAGUAGAAAAAAAACAAGUCAAUGUAGUCAAUACAAAACAGAAUUCCUCUAAAAUACAUUCAGGAGAUUCUUCAAAAUCUACCGAUUCUAUAUCCAUAACUGAAGCAGAAGCUGAUGUAGAUGGCUGGUCCACUGUUAAUAAGCUAUCUAAAAAACGGUGA